CGUUUGCGGGUGUUGUCGCGUUCUGAUCCGCGUGGUGACCGGCGGUCGCUCGUGCAGCAUGAUUCGAAAUCUGAUGGCGCAGCAAAUACAGGACUGGUUCACCAUUGGGAAAACUGUUACGGGCGUUGAACUGUUGGGUGGCAAACGGGCUUCUUUUGCGGCUGAUGUCUCGAGCUCAGGUGCGGGGCAACGCAGCCGUGAGGAAGAGGCGGCGGAGGAGUCUGAAACGCCCCGAGCGAAGCGCUGUGAAUUAGAAGAGCAGAUGACUAAAGUUGAACAUGCAAGUAGUUCCAGAGAUCAAAAGGACCAAAAAAACGCUUGCUGGGAGGCCUUUCCUGGAGCAGAGGUAGACAGCAGUGUCUUGGAAAGUGAUGAUGAAUGUCUUCCUGGCAUUUCCCUUCUGACAUCAAGACCCCUUCUUUCCACAUUAAAGACGAUAAGUGUGAUGGAAGUAGCUGACUAUAAAUAUCCGGAAUUGCCAAUUACUAAAUAUAGAGAACAGCUGAUUGAUCUCAUUGAAAAUAACUCAGUAGUCGUCAUCCGAGGUGCUACCGGCAGUGGUAAGAGUACACAACUGCCUCAGUAUAUUCUUGAAUACUAUUUAAAGAAACCUGCGUUCUGCAAUAUUGUAGUAACACAGCCACGAAAAAUUGGAGCAAUCAGUAUUGCCCGCUGGAUCUGCAAAGAACGUCAUUUGUCCCUAGGAGGCUUGGUUGGGUAUCAGGUUGGAUUAGAAAAGGAAGUUGGUGCAGACACGCAACUAACUUACAUGACAACAGGCGUUCUCCUUCAAAAAAUUGUUAAUGCAAAAUGCCUGACUGAAUUUACACACAUCUUCGUCGAUGAAGUCCAUGAACGCACUGAAGAAAUGGAUUUUCUCUUGCUGGUUGUCCGUAAGCUGCUUCGUACUAAUUCACGGUAUGUUAAGGUGAUUCUAAUGUCCGCUACCAUUAAUUGCAUGGAGUUUGCAGACUACUUUGCAGUACCAUUCCGAACGACCCUGACCCCUGCCUACGUAUUUGAGGUUGAAGGAGUCCCGUACAGUGUUGAUGAAUAUUAUCUUGAUGAUCUCAAAGAGCUGAUCCAUUUCCAGAUUUCACCUUCAUUUUGUAAUGAACCAAAAAUCUUGCCUGAAGUCUAUAACAUAGCAGAAACUCUGAUCCUCUAUUUUGAUGAGCUGGAACAUAAAGAAAAUGAAUCAACAGGAAUGAAUUUGAACCGUGGCAGUGUAUUGAUGUUUUUGCCAGGUCUGGCAGAAAUAAAUCACUUGCAUGAGGUCCUCUCCUCCAUGGUUCAGAAGAGGCUGCAUGUAUAUCCACUACAUUCAAGUGUGACCUUAGAAGAGCAAAGUAAUGUGUUCCUGACCCCUGUGCCUGGCUAUAGGAAGAUUAUUUUGUCCACAAAUAUUGCUGAGAGCUCUGUCACAGUUUCAGAUGUUAAAUAUGUGAUAGAUUUCUGUUUAACACGUCAUCUGGUUUGUGAUGAAGACACAAACUACCAGAGCCUUCGUUUGAGCUGGGCUUCAAAGAUGAGCUGUAAUCAGAGGAAAGGCCGUGCUGGUCGUGUUUCAAAAGGAUACUGUUAUCGGUUGGUAACACGUGAUUUCUGGACACAUUGCAUUCCUGAUCAUGCGGUACCAGAAAUGCAGCGCUGCCCAUUAGGCAACACUGUACUGAAAGUCAAAUUACUGGAUAUGGGAGAACCAAGAGCAUUGCUGGCUUCUGCUUUAUCUCCACCCAAUUUGAAAGACAUUGAACGCACUGUCCUAUUACUGAAAGAGGUGGGAGCACUUUCUGUUGAAAUGAAAGGAGUAGAUAACCCAUAUGAUGGCGAUCUAACUUUUUUAGGAAAAGUAUUGGCAUAUUUGCCUGUAGACCUCCACCUAGGAAAACUUAUAGUCAUAGGACAUGUGUUUGGCUGUUUAGAGGAAUGCCUAAUUAUUGCUGCUGCUCUUUCGCUGAAGAACUUUUUUGCAAUGCCUUUCAAGCAGCACCUUGAAGGAUAUCGGAAUAAAAUGGAGUAUUCAGAUGGAACUUUAAGUGAUUGUAUCGCACUUGUGAAUGCUUUCAAGGCGUGGCGUUCUUGCAGAGAACAAGGGCAGCUGAGAUUUCCGAGGGCUGAGUUAGAAUGGGGAAAAUCAAAUUACAUCCAGAUAAAAAGAAUAAAAGAGGUGGCACAGUUGUAUGAGGAGUUGAAAGAACGUGUUCAGUGUUUUAAUAUGUGUACUGAUCACACUAGUGGGUGUACAACUGAAGAAUAUGUGCAUAAACAAAGGUUUAUUCUGCAGGUUGUUUUGGCUGGAGCUUUUUACCCCAAUUAUUUUACAUUUGGUCCAGUCUCUGAAGAAAUUGCAAUGAAAGAGCUGGCUAGAAAAGAUUACAAAACUACAGUAGUGGUGAGGAAUGUCCCACCUUAUGGAUUCCUGUACUACCAACAGCUGCUAUCUCUCUUCAGGCAGUGUGGUCAAAUCAGAACUAUUUCAUUUGAUGGUUCAAAGAGUUUUAUUGAAUUUGUGCAAAAUCCAAUAAAAAGAGCAGAGAUCCAUCCUGCAGUAUAUAUGGCACUGAAGAUGGCCCAUCAACGUAUUCCCUUGCAGUUAAAAGUUCAUCCUGUGGAGGAGAUUGAGUUAUUGAUUCAAGGACAACAUAGUACAAGCUUACGGAGUCCAAGGUUUUGUGUAGGCUAUCAAAAUUGGACUGUUCAGCUGAUGCCGGAGGAAAAAUCAUGUGGUCCUUUGGAAUUGCCUUGUAACCCUGUUCCACGCUUUUUCACCAUGAAUGUCACUGAGGUUGUUGAAGUUGGGCACUUUUGGGGUUACAGAACCGAUGGGCAAAGCUUGCACAUUUUAAGCAAAUUGAUGACUGAAAUUAAUCAGUUGAAGUUGACAGCACUGACUUUGGAGCCAUGUCCUGACUUUUGUCUCGCACCAUUCAGAGAUUGCAGUGAAACCCAUUAUUACAGAGCUAAAGUCCUACAAGUCUCCGGUGAUUCUGCUGAGGUAUUCUUUGUGGACUAUGGAAACACUGCAAAAGUUGCUAUAGAUCUUUUACGGAAUAUUCCACAUAGUCUCCUGGAGCUGCCUUUUCAGGCCCUUCAAUGUCAAAUUUGCAAUAUCCGUCCUUCUGCAUAUUCUUUGAUACAUGGAGAUCAGUGGAAUGUCAAGGCCAGACGAAGAUUUAGCUCCCUGGUGAAAAACUGUGUACUACUUGUGGAAGUUUUCUCUGUUGUACACAAUGUGCUCCGCGUAGAUCUCAGCAUACAGACUUCAAAACUUGACUGUAAUGUGCGGGAAAUACUCAUUAGUGAAGGUUUUGCUGAACCAGCUGAAGAGACAUAUGAAUCAAAGAUAAGUCAUGAGCAGCUGAAGACCAUAUUGGACUGUCCUCUCCAGGAAAAAUUGGGCUUAACUCAAAAAACUGUGUGGACCCACAAGGAAGAAGACUGGAAACUAAUUCAGACAUUAGUAAAGAAGUUCUCAUCUUCUAAACUGGGUUUUCCAUCUUCAAUGGUUUAUUUGCAUGGUCCCUUUAAUCCCUAUGAGAUGAAGUUUCAUAGCAUGACUACAAUGUCCAGGUUCAGGAAUGUUUGGAUUGAGAGAGACAGUAUAAAUUCAGUCUCUCUGAACAGUGCCCCUGAAGAUUCUCACCAGAGGAUGCUCGUCGGUGCAUCAGUAUCAGUAAAUACAUCAGGUUCAACUAUAAUUGUGAGAGAAACUAGUUUGAUGCCAAAUAUCCAUGGACUUCCAGCUCUCAUCUGUAUGAUAUUUGCUCCAGUUGUAGAACUAAGAACUGACAGGCUGAGAAAGUAUUACACUGGUGCACUGUGUGGCUUAGGGUGGAAUCCGACAACCAAUGCUCCUCUGUUGGAAGAACAUGAUCUGGAAGUUGUUUUUGAUGUGCAUUUUGAUGUAAAUGAUAUUAUGGAGAUCAAUCUGCUGCGGAGCACAAUUAACAUGUUAGUUUGUGAUGGACUACUACGUUCAGGAAAUCAUGAGAAAAUACGUAAACUGCAAAAUGAAGCCCGACAGAGAUUAAUAGACAUAUUCACUGGAAAGAAGCUGAGAGAAAGUAUUACACCACAAUACUGUGAAAGACCAUACAAGUGGAAUCAGGUGGAUCCAGGGCUUCUCUUGAACCAAUCCAGGGAAGAAUACAAAAUAGUUCUUUACCAACUGCAUUCCAUGGUGUUGCUGAAUCCUUAAGCCAUCCGAAAAAAGAUGUGGCACUGUUCAGAAUUGCUGACUUAAAGAAAGGACGGGAACCAGUUAAGCCCCAAAAUAUGAAAAAUGUUUGUGUUGCUUUUCAGCUGAAUGUGUACUGUUUUGGAAGAAACUAUUAUAGUUGAUGGAACAAAAAUGGCCUUUAACGCAAGAUGCUGUAAUUUCUUAAAUUCUGGAUUGGAAGAUAUCUAAAGGAUAAGUGGUUGCUUUAAAACCAUUAGUGUGGUCCAAUUGCAAGUUUAUUUUGAUGGAGCAGUAAGCUUGGUUUUGGCUUUCACUUUGAUUACGGCUUUCACUUUGAUUACAAACUGAUGGAUUAUGAUUUGUUCUAUCUGUAAGUGGGUAUUGAAACCAGCUGCAUGCUAAUUAGGGCUAAAAAUUAUUGCACUUACAGAAAAAUUAUAGAAAAUACUAUUGGCUUAAUUACUAAGCAUUUCUUAUUUGAUUUAUUUAAGUGUGUGAAAAGGUCACGUUUCAUCAGACUUCUCAUUGUUGCAUAAAGAAAAGAAGAAAUAUUUUGUUCAUUGCACAUUAUUUUGUUUUGAAGUUGUUAAUAAAGCAAGCAUGUUUCUGAACCAGUAAA